UUGUUACUUUUUUGCUGAUAUCUGCAGGAGUUGUUUCCUGUAUUAUCGGAUUUUGCUCUGCAGGAGCUUGGAGUUUCAAGUUUUCUGGUUUUGGAGUAGAAGGAUCCUAACCCACCAGUAUGGUUGUGCAGCUGUAUCUGGACUUGCUGUCCCAGCCUUGCCGUUCUGUCUUUAUAUUUGCCAAAAUCAACAACAUCCCUUUCAAGCUGGAGUUUAUGAACCUUUGCAACGGAGACCAGUUUACUGAAGAAUAUGCGAAGGUGAACCUUCUAAGGAAAGUCCCAGCACUAAAAGAUGAAGAUUUUACCUUGGCUGAGAGUGUUGCAAUCCUCCUGUACCUGUCUCGAAAGUACAACACUCCCGAUCAUUGGUACCCAUCAGAUCUGCAGAAACGGGCACGAGUUGAUGAAUAUUUGUCAUGGCAGCACACCUCUGUCCGUCCCAAUGCAGGAGUCCUGCUCUGGAUGAAGGUUAUGAUUCCUAAGAAUUUUAAUAUAUCCUGCCCUGCAGAAAAGAUAGACACAGCUGUGGAGACCCUUAAUGAUACUCUGAAGGAGUUUGAGAGUAAAUUUCUACAGGAUAAGGCCUUCAUCGCUGGAGAAGAGAUUUCCAUAGCUGAUCUGGUGGCUUAUUCUGAACUUAUGCAGGCCUUUUUUGUUGAUAUUAACAUCUUUGAGGGAAGGCCAAAGCUGGCUGCCUGGCGACAGCGUGUGGAGUCAAAGAUCGAUCAGGACAUCUUAGAUGAGGCUCACAAGUCGAUCAGAAAUGCCAAUCAGAGGAUUAUAGAACCAGCAGUGGCAGAAGCUUACAAAACUAGACUUCUGAAGUUUAUCCGGUAAAACCUGAAGCCAAGAAAAUAGAACAUCAUAGCCUAUCAGCUUGUGAUGUAGACUACACCCUACAGAGCAGGCCACUUCAGUGGGUAGGCAGUGCCUUUUCAGACCUUUAUUAGCAAAAAUGCUGUCUACAGUCCACACUCACCACAUGGGAAGGGUAUUCCAUAUGCCAUAUGCCACUAAGAGCAGACACAUGAGAAUAGUAAUGCAUAAGUCAGCAUAUGCUACUGAUGUAACUAUUUUGAAUAAAAUGUAUCCAGGUUUAAGGAUUUUAUGUUGUAAAAAGACUGAAAAAAUAAAAAUGUUCCAGCUUGUAGUUCA